AUGUCUAUUGGCACCAGCAUUCUGUCAAAGAGAGAGAUAAAUUUAUGGAUUACUGUUCACGUUCUCUCAUUCGAUUCCACUGCAUUUAUGGGCAGCUUCGAGAAUUCUGUAGAUAAGGUGUUAACCAUGUGUCGAGCUCAAACUAUUUACCAGGUUAGCUUAUAUUUCAAACCUAUCCAGAUAAUUGAUGAAGAACGUUUAGAUACAUGGCUUAGUGCUGCAAUUGACCGUAAUGUUCAAGAGUUGAAUCUCAGUUUCUGUUCUUCAACUCGACCACUUUUUUCACUUGGACCAUUAGUUAGACUGCCUGAUCAUGUUUUCUUGGAUGUCCCUGCAAAUGUUUGUUUCCAAAGUCACCGUAUUCUUCAAAUAGAGCGAUUACGCUAUGCAAGUAAUGGAUCUUUGAACAGUCUACUUUCUAGUUGUCCUAUUCUUGAGGAUUUGGUUGGCGUGAGACUUUGGAUGACGGUAUUCAUGAUCAGGGGAUCAAUACUCAUCAAGUUGGAGCAAAUCUCAAUUUCAUGGGAAAAGAUAGUCGAGAGAGUUGAAAAAGCUGAGGAUGAGGCCAAGGAGACCCAGGGUGUUGUGGAGUCCCGCCUUGAUAAAUUAGAGUCCAUAGAGGACAUGUUCAAAGACGAGAUGCAACGAGUUCUCAAUGAGAUGGAGAUGGUGAAUGAGCUUAAGAAAGAGAUACCCAUAUGCAAGGGAGCAAUGAGUGAAUGGGUCGCGCUCAAGACCUUCUUAGAAGGACUCAAAUCAUGGGUAAUGCUUGGGGGAGAGCAAGAUGAUGUCCACAGACUUUCGGAAGCCAUAACUGUAGCCUAA